UGUAAAGUGGCAGACGCGUGCUCAGAAUUAAUUACGUCACAUCCUGUGUCCACAGAAAGCAGGACUGGGACGAAGCGGUGCACUGGUACGACAGCGCCCUCAACAUGACGGACUACGACGAGGGCGGAGAGUUCGACGGCACGCAGGACGAGCCUCGCUACUUACUGCUGGCCAGAGAGGCCGAGAUGUACCAGGAGGGCGGCCACAACCUCACCGCAGACCCACAGAAAGCAGGCGAUCUGUUUACAGAAGCCGCAGAAGCUGCCAUGGCAGACAUGAAAGGUCGCCUGGCCAACCAGUACUACAUGAAAGCCGAGGAGGCCUGGGCGCUGGUCGAGGAGUAACUGAUGACGUAAUUCAUCCCUCGGAGGCUGUGUUUGAUAGUCACUCUGGUUUUAACGCAUUCAGCAUUUACCCUGAAUGAUUACAGUUUACAUAUUUUUUACGACAGACUUUUUGCUGUUAGCAGUUUGUGUGUGUUUGCUGAGCCAUCGACGAUCAGACGUUUCUUUCUUCCAGUUUCUGUCUGUUGCUUUCUGACUUUAAUCAGCUCAACUCAUUCUCCAUUUACUUCCCUGUUCCUUCAUUACCGUUUUUUUUUAGGUGAAUGUGGUUGUAUAAAAGAAAUAAAAUAAUAAGAACAAAGAGAUUUGUUAAUAAACUAAGGUUGGAGGAGUUUAUGUAAAAAUAU